UCCCAUUCCAGUGCGUCCUUAAUUUCUGUGGGGUCUCUCGAGUGAGUGCUGCAGAGCGGUAGUGGGACAGAGGUGCACGCUGCUAAACCAGUCCCCCGGCCCUUUUUUCUGUAUCACUGUAUAAGGGGAAACCAAAUAGUUGCUGCUCCCUGCGCUGUCUCUCGCCUUGUUGGCGCUGCUUUCAGUCGUCACAUCUACACUGCAAAUAAGACCCCACAGCUGACCCAGGCCAGCCGACUCCGACUCAGGUGAAGGGGGGGUUCAACUGCAGUGCAGGAGUUCGGGGUCCGGUGAGCCACACCUGCCUUUGCAUGCACAGAUGGGGAGGAGAACGUGCAAGUGGCCUCUCCUGAUCUCUGCAUCCCCAGGAAACACAGAAGCUUGGGUGUGGUACAGAGUCAGUGAUGCUGUGAGGUAGCAAAGGGAGCAGCCAUUUCCUGCCCAUCUUCCCCAGUGUCCAGCCAAGCUGGGAUGGAGGGCAGGGAGCACCCCUCAAGUCUCGUGGAGUUGGGCAGCCCCAGGCAGAAACCAGGCUGCUGCUUCAGGCCCUGCCUCCAUACUCUCCAGUGCUACAGCAUCCUUCAGCAAAACCGUACAAUUCUAGUGUCAGAAAAAUCCAGCCUUGUCUUCUGCCAAGCACACAGUCCCGAGUGCCCCCCGGGAGGUGACCCAAAGCGUACAUAAUUAGAAGGCAUUAGUUAUGCCUACGUUCAACAUGAGUGAUUAGCAUGUGACAGUCCCAUUCUGGGGAACAUCAGGCUACACUAGCGUUCUCUCUUUUUUUAUACCGUCCCAGCUCAGACAAGCGAUACCACGGAGGGAGCUUUUACCUAGGCUUGGGGCUUGGAUCACCCGACUCCUCCCUAAACUCACGUUACUCCAAAGCAUGGGAUGUUUUCCGUGAACAACAAAACCCUCUGAGGUGAGGCCAGAGAGGAGCCGCACAGACAGCCAUGGAUUCCAACAAACAAGAAGGAGAAACUGAAAAUGUGCCAGUGAGUAACCCUGCAACACAGAUUUCUCAGUUGCAGGCACUGGCCUCUGAACUGAAAACUGGUUUCACUGAAGCCAUGCAGGAACUUUCUAGAAUUCAGCACGGCGAGUAUGCUCUGGAGGAGAAGGUGAAGAGCUGCCACUGUACAAUGGAAGAGAAAGUGGCCGAGAUGAAGAAUUCGAUGAGCUCUUUCAAGGAGGAGCUCAGCGAUGCCAAGUCGAAGAUUGACGUGAUCAGCGCCAAGCAAGAGGAAAUGCAGCAGAAAAUCGAGCAGCUCCAGCAAGAGAAACGUAGGGAGUCCCGGAAAGUGAAAGCUAAAAGAACACAAAAGGAUGAGCACGGGUCCCAGACAGUGCCCACUCCUCUCCAAGGCAGUCCGUUCCGAUCGAUACAUCUCCCAGAGCCUGCACUGAGUAAUGAAGACUUUACAAAUCUUUUGCCCCAGGCAACCUACGAGAGAGUCUCGGACACCAGAUCCAUGGCUGCCGGAGAUGGAAAUGUGAAGGGAACUGGUGGGAGCAUUGCAAAUCCAGACACAGAAGAAAGCUUCAAGCCUUCCUUGCCCACUGACAUUCUGCCAAAAGGUCACCCCCCAUCGAGCGUGUGGAAGCAGCCCAAAGACAGUAAAGAGUGGGGUGAUGAAUAUAUGUCUAAGGAGCAUCCAGACAGAGUGAAGGAAACAGGCCAAAGCAGAUACACCUCAGUGGACAGCGUCUUAUGCGAAACCUCUUUUGCUGCCAAAAGGCAGAGCAUUGCUUUGGAGCUCCUCGAGUCCGAGAGGAAAUACGUCAUCAACCUAUCCCUGAUCCUGAAGAUCAAAGCCACGUUGCAAGUGUCGGACAUGAAGAGGAAUGCCAAAGAGAGAAGUUUCUUCCCCAGCUCUUUACGAUACCUGAUCCAGCAGCACGUCGACUUACUCCACACGCUGCAAGAGAGGGUGCUGAGUUGGCCCCGGCCGGGAAUCCUGGGGGACAUAUUCCUGAAGUUAACCAACGAUGAGAACAAUUUCCUGGACUACUACAUCGCGUACUUGAGGGACCUGCCAGAAUGCAUCUCGCUGGUCCACGUGAUGAUUCUGAAGGAGGUGGAGGAAGAAAUUAAAUCCGACCUCUACAUGCUGUUCUUUCACAUAGUCCAGCGUAUCCCUGAGUACCUUAUUCACCUGCAGAACAUCCUGAAGGUCACGGAGCAAGAGCACCCUGACUACUACCUGCUGCUGGUGUGCGUGCAGCGCUUCCGCGUUUUCAUCUCGCACUACAGCCUGCUCUUCCAGUGCAAUGAGGACCUGCUCAUCCAGAAGCGGAAAAAGCUGAAGAAAUCGUCCCUGGUGAAGCUGUACAAAGGCCUGGCUUCUCAGUGGGCCAGCGUCGGCCAGGAGGUUUCUCCGACACCCAGCACAACAUCCAUCCGAGACAGCGGCAUCCAUGCUGAAGAGCUGAUGCAGUCGUUCCCAGCAGCCUCCUCUUCCAGCGCAGCAGCCAUGCAUCUGAUGCCACAGAUGAAGAAGAGCCAGCCUGCGCUGAUGGAGAACCUCCAGGCUGGGAAGCCGUCGGAGUGGGAAGUGGAGGCUAGAAAACACGAAAGGCCAGAGAACAUCCUCACCUCGUCUCAGUUCUCCGAGCAGGAGCUAAAGGCCACGUCCAUCUCCUUGCAAGCCAUCCCGGAGAUGGACUAUGAAGCCCUCCCAGCGGAUCCAAUGGGAAACGCCGAGAGAUCUGCCAGGACCUCCAUGGAGCUGCUGCAAGACGCUAGGAGCUUUGCUCCGAGCUACGAAGAGCUGGACUACGGGGGGGAAGUUUUCACCCUGCCAGGUGCCUACGAGGAAGAGGCUUUUCCAGGCCUGGCUCUGUUUGAGAACUGCUCCCCUGCCUCCUCCGAAUCCAGCCUCGAUAUUUGCUUUCUAAGGCCUAUCAGCUUCACGGUGGAAUCAGACAGGACCGAUCACGCGGCCCCGCCGCCGCCGAAGAGCAGCAGCACGUACAAGCGGGAGGCGUUUCACGCCAAAGGCAAGCAGCUGAGCAGGUCCCUGAAGGAAUUCCCCCGGAGCGCCGAGGGCGUGACCACCAGACUCUACAGCACCAGGAGCACCAGCAGCAGCCAGCUGCAGCACAAGCAGGAGAGAAGCGUGCAACCUCACCUGAUCUCCGCAGCGUCUAGGAGCUCCCAGCGGAGCUACUUCCCCCCCCAGAGAGGGCUGGGGGAGAAACCGAGCUUUUUGGAAGAGCUCCACACAGAAGACAACACCAGGUUCUGCCCAAAGGAUGACAACGAACAAACAUCCUUCAGCGAGCGCAACCCGCGGCAGGAGCCCAAAGGGGGCUUCCGGAGCUCCUUCCGCAAGCUCUUCAAAAAGAAAUGAGCAGCCCAGCGGGAGGCGGGCAGGGAGCGCGCAGACCGGACACAGGCCAGGGCCACCACAAGAGAGAAGAAGGGGGGAGGUUUCACUGCUCAGCGUCUGGCUCUCCCUAAGACAGU